UAUUUGAAUACAUUUAUUCGAAUACUUUACAAGACUGUCAUCAUGCCAUCCAAAACUUACAUUAUCAAAUAUAAAACUCACUUAUUUCCCAACGAACACAACUUCUUUAACUUAACCCAUGGAUCAAGGAAUAAUUAAUUGCGUUAAAAUAUAUUAACGUCGUUUUCUUAUGAAGUCUUUGAUUGUGAACAAAUAUAUAGCUAGUACUUCGGAAAUUUCGAAAAAAAUAACAGUGCUCUACGCAAUACAAUGGUUGGAUAGCGCUGUAAAAUUAGUUAAGCGAGAAACAAUUAAAACAUGUUUCUCUAAAACUAGAUAUUUUACUUAUGAUGAUACAAAUUUUACAAAUGAAAUAGGAAAAAUGGACGAACACGUCAAAGAAAGCAUUAUGGAAAUGUGCUCAAUUAUAGUUUAUCUGAAGACGAUGGAGACGAUGACAAAGAAGAGGUAUUCCAUGAAUAAGUCAUAUCGAUAAAAACAUAAAAACAUACAAAGACGCAUUAAGAUAAAAAAUCUACAACAGUUUGCUAUUGCCCAACAAGAUGAUAAUCAUCUUUAAAUGGUUUCAUCAAUCAAACAACAUACAGAAGGAAAAAUAGCAACAAUAGCGACAAAAUAAAAAACUCUAACAUGAUUUUUGGAAAAGAUAAAUGUUUAAAUUUAGUACCCAACCUUCAUACUUAUGUA